AUGUGGGUGACAGUGACACCGUUAGGGUUCACUAUCGUGUACGAGGAGGUCCCCUGGAAGCUCUUGGCAGAGCGGUCAGGCCCGGCGCCGCCGCGCAAGGAUGACCCAGAUGCCACGGCGUUCAUCCAGGAGCUGGUCAACGCCAACCUGCGUGCCCUGUUGGACGACGAUGGAAGCUUCCAGAAGUACCUUCAGGAUCAAGAAGAUCAAGCUGCCGAUUGGAAGGGCUUGCAGCCUGCUUUUGGCGGUGUUCUUGACAACCAAGGCAACAAGCUGUUGACGAGGCUCUUCACGUACGUCACCGUGGACGGCAAAAUUGGCACGGCCCAAGUUGUCUGUACUGGUUUGAAGACUUCCUUGGACCCCUUCUGA